GGAGCGAGAGCCUGGGCACGGCGGCAUCCUACAGAGCGGCCAUCGCUGUGGCUCCAUGGAGAAGCGGGGCCCGGUGCUGCACAUCGUGGUGGUGGGCUUCCACCACAAGAAGGGCUGCCAGAUUGAAUUUUCCUAUCCUCCCCUGAAGCCUGGAGAAGGCCAUGACAGCCAGAGUUUGCCAGAGGAGUGGAAAUACUUGCCUUUUCUUGCCUUACCAGACGGUGCUCACAACUAUCAGGAAGAUACUGUGUUUUUCCACUUGCCACCAAGAAGUGGGGAUCAAACCACAGUAUAUGGUGUCUCUUGCUACAGGCAGAUUGAAGCCAAGGCACUAAAAGUACGGCAAGCAGACGUCACCCGAGAAACGGUGCAGAAGAGUGUCUGUGUUCUCAGUCAGCUGCCUUUGUAUGGGUUACUUCAGGCAAAGCUGCAACUCAUCACACAUGCCUACUUCGAAGAAAAAGACUUCUCACAGAUUUCAAUCCUGAAGGAACUUUAUGAUCACAUGAAUAGUUCCUUGGGCAGUACUUUGCUGGAGGGGUCACAGGUUUAUCUUGGUCUGUCUCCUCGGGAUCUUGUUCUUCACUUUAGACACAAGGUCUUGAUCCUUUUUAAAUUGAUUCUGCUAGAGAAAAAGGUGCUGUUCUAUAUUUCUCCAGUAAAUAGAUUGGUUGGAGCUCUGAUGACUGUCCUGUCACUAUUUCCUGGUAUGAUUGAACAUGGUCUUACCGACUGCUCGCAGUACCGGCCAAGGAAGAGCGUAUCAGAGGACGCUGGCUCGCAGGAGAACACACCACGGUUAGAGAACGAUGGUUCUGUGUCUGCUGCUGCUGCUGCUGCUUCAAAUACCAACGUGGGAAUGGGAAAGGGAGAAAGGAAGAUGGCAGAAGACCAUUCACUGGAAGGUCAGAAAGCAAGUGUGCCUUUCUCCCAGUCAGAGGAGACGUGCAACGGAGCUCACUCUUCCAGUGGUACUGUGCAGCGCUUGAAAGUUCCUUCCCACGCCUCUCCGGCGUCCUCUGAAAGUGACUGGGAGACCUUAGACACUAACCUUUUGGAGGAGUCUAAUUUGAAGGGAAAGCAUGACAAUGCAGCAUCACAACAGGCUGAAAAUCUUCCAAGCAAAGGCCUGAGCUCAGAAAGCCUUCCGAUCACUGUGCAGCCCCAGGCCAAUAUGGGACACACGGUGCUUGUUCCAGGACUGGUAUCUGGGUUGGAGGAGGACCAGUAUGGUAUGCCCCUGGCCAUUUUCACCAAGGGGUACCUUUGUUUGCCAUACAUGGCCCUGCAGCAGCAUCACCUCCUGUCAGAUGUCACAGUCCGCGGCUUUGUGGCGGGAGCUACCAAUAUCCUGUUCCGGCAGCAGAAACAUCUGAGUGAUGCAAUUGUGGAAAUAGAAGAUGCUCAGGUCCAAAUCCAUGAUCCAGAACUCCGCAAGAUCCUCAACCCGACAACUGCUGACCUGAGAUUCGCAGAUUACUUGGUGAAGCACGUAACUGAGAACAGAGAUGAUGUGUUCCUUGAUGGCACUGGAUGGGAAGGAGGAGAUGAGUGGAUCAGGGCUCAGUUCAGUGCUUAUCUUCAUGCCCUGCUGGCUGCUGUGCUGCAACCAGACAAUGAAAAGAUUUUAUCAGACUUUGGGACACCAUUUGUAGCAGCCUGGAAAAAUACCCACAACUACAGAGUAUGGAAUAGCAACAAGCAUCCAGCUCUUGCAGAGGUAAAUUCUAGCCACCCAUUCCAGGGACAGUACUCUGUAUCAGAUGUGAAGUUAAGAUUGUCCCACUCUGUGCAAAACAGUGAACGUGGGAAGAAGAUUGGAAAUGUGAUGGUCUCUACGAGCAGGAAUGUUGUGCAGACAGGAAAGGCUGUAGGUCAGUCGGUCGGAGGAGCCUUCACGAGUGCAAAAUCAGCUAUGUCCUCGUGGUUCUCCACUUUCACACAGUCAACCCAAAGCCUUGGGGACUAAGUGAUGGCUUUUCACCAUGCUGCUGAAUAUUUCAGGUGCAAUGCUUUCUCUGAGCUGUAAACAGACCACUCCAAAACGUGUGGGAGUGGAGGCUAACUACCCAGGACCAAAACCAAGGUAUCUCUUGCUUGCAAGCAGACUUGGAAUGUUAUCAUUCAGUUUCCCUUAGAAGUGUGGAAGAAUGCUGAGUGUCUCCAUGCAGUGGGAAGGCAUUUGCAGCCUCCUGGUGGUGUUGGAAAUUACUGCUUUUCUUCAAAACUGAGCCUUUCUAAAGACACUGGCAAACAGGGCUUGUUACAAGCCAGCUGUGUUUGACUUGAGAUUUGUACAUUUUCUUGGAUGUUGAAUAUAUUUAUGGAAAGUAGUUAUAUUUUUCAAACCAAAUAGCCACAUGUUUGUGAAUUCUUGUUAGAAAUGAGCAGAGUUAUAAAUACUGAUUCCUCUUUCAGGCUGGAUUGGAGAGCAUCUCUGAGAAAAGUGUAUGCUGGAAGCAAAGGGUUCCAAGCCAGGUGGAGCUUUCUUGCUGUCACCUGCAAACUGGGUGCAGAGUACGAUUGUCUUGAGGGUCUUUUUCCUUUCUCCUCCCCUGUAGCCAUCUACAGUGGUAUGCAUCAGUUUGCCUCUAGCUCUCUUUGUGCCCCCCCCAUCUGUGUGACAGUUACAAAAUCAGUAUUUUCUUGAUGUUACACAGUAGGCCUCUGUAACUUGGCAUAUGCUUUGGCUGUGCUCAGACCCUGCUGUGUGAAUGAGAUGGCUUCCAGUUGAACAGAGAUCUUCAGGAAGAGUAUUACAAAACAACUCCCCAAGUGGGGUUGGACCACAGAUGG